AUGUCGUCAAAGUUCAACGCUCUCCCUGUCCUUACUUUGCAUCUUCAUCAGCAUCCUUGGCACGUUGCCGCACCGUUCCUUGCAAGCCCUCUCUCACAAGCAUGGCCCUCUCAUGUUGCUACAGCUGGGGCAGGUCCUCUUCUUCCUAGGGAGACAACCUCUGCUGUGAAACUAAGAGGGUACGAGAUUCCAGCCAAGACAAGAGUAAUGUUGAACGCAUGGGCCAUACAGAGAGACCCUGAACUUUGGGAAAGACCAGAUGAGUUCCUUCCUGAUAGAUUUGAAAAGAGGGACGUAGAUUUCAAAGGACAAGAUUUGUAUAUUCCAUUCGGUGGCGGAAGAAGGGGAUGCCCUGGAAUUACAUUUGGGAUCAGUGUAGCUGAGUAUGCUCUUGCUAAUCUUCUUUAUUGGUUCGAUUGGAAAGUGGCUAAAACUGAUGCAACUGUGCAAGGUAUUGACAUGAACGAGAGAUAUGGAAUCACUGUCAACAAGAAGGUUCCACUUCUCCUUCAACCAAUACCCUUUUAGGAAGUGGAUGUAAACCUUCACAUAUCCACCUUUAAUAU